GUCGCCUAGCAGGAUGUGCUUGCGUAUGAUGGCGGCUGUGUGUCUACAUCGCAAUACUGCAGUUUUGUAAGAAUUCAUAUUUAAUCCUCCUUCAUAUCGCGUUGUGUUUUUUCAGAAGUAAGAGCUGACAUCUAGCUCAAAACUCUCAAAAGGCUCAAUUCUGGAGUAUCUUUUAUUUUGACUGGAAUUUUGUGGAGAUGCAGCCGCCCCCUCCACGAACUGCUCCACUGGGGGCGUCUGGCCCGCCACCCACUGGGGGGGUCCCCAAUGCAUUUCGAAGGACAAGGCCUCACAAGCAUCCCGGGAGCACGACGACAACGAUGAUGAUGUCUGGACCCGCCAUGCCCAUUCCCCCUAUGACCGAUCCCUUUGCGUUCGGCAGGCAAGCCGUGCCCUCAGGGUCCCAGCCACCAGCCUCCAAAAGCAGCCCCCUUCCUAUGCAAGCUGCACCCCCUGUGGGGUUUCUCCCCGUCGCCCCAGGGCAGGAGCACGGAGCGCCCGCACAGCCGGUGGAAGGUGCGCACGGCCCCCGGCACGUUCCGCCGGCCUCGUCUUUGUCCGCUCCACCCCCGGGGCUGAACGUGUUCACGCCCAACAGCGCUGCGUCCCCGGCCGUGCCGCCCGGGCAACUCCCCGGCCCUCCCGCCCACGCGGGCGCGAGUUCGGCAGGUGCCGAACAAGGCCGUGUCAGUUCUGGAGAAAAUGUGCCCUAUAUAACACCGGGAGCCUACAGCUCAGUCCCUGUGCAUAACAGACCUCCCUAUGGGCAUGAGUCCAGGGGCGACCCUGGCCCCUACGCCCCCUCAGGCCCUGGUGCGGUGCCCUCUCACCCCCAGACCAUGCCGCCCCCAGCCUCUCAGUGGAUGCCUGACUAUGGGAAUCGUCCACCUUCAGUGCAGAACUACUUCCAGCCAACUAGUGACCCACCACAGCCUUAUGUUGCCCCACCUCCUGCGCCCUCCCCAGCUCUUGCACCUCCGCCAGGCCCGUCUCCGCAUUUCCCCCAACCUGCGCCCUCACCUCACAUACCCCAGUCCACCCCCUCUCCACACCUACCCCAAUCCACCCCCUCUCCACACUCAGCCCAGCCUUCCCCUUCUCCUCACUUGCCCCCAUCCACCACCUUGCCCCAUUUGCCCCAUCCUGUCCCCUCGCCUCAUUUGCCCCAGCCUGCCCCUUCGCCUCACACGUCCCCACACAUGUCCCCCCAGAACCAGGCCCCCUCUGUUGGGCUGAGCCCCGGCGGUCCCCCAGGGCUGCCUCCAGCAGGGGGCGCUGCAUCCUCCCAGCACCACAAUUCCCACUUUCAGGCCCAAAAUUAUUUCAGUCAAAACUGUGUUGCACCUGACCCCUGGUUCAGCCAGCCCUCCCAGGAGCACUUUUACCACCAGAUGGGCGGGGAGUCCGGUAACCGACGACCCGGCUCCUCAAAUUCUCAACACAACUCCCCUCCGAGCCACGGCGGGCCCAUCCCUUACAUGGCUGACCCUGGCACUGUUACGAUGUUCUUCAGAGGGAGCGACGUGGAGAACGAGGAGACCCUCUCAGGGGACGGGAAAGCCAUUAACGGGGUCGCUGGGGCGACUGGACAUUCAUUCCCCAACCCCUCACUUCCCAACUAUCAACCGCCCCCUCCGCAGGCCCUCCCGGCGGCCGAGCUGGCACAGAGAGGGGGUCAGAAUGUGCCCGGCCCUUUCCACGCCGUGCCCGUGGGCGAAGGGGACGCGGUCUACAUGAACGACAGCGGGUUCAUCAGCGGCACCCCAAAACACCCAGGCGGCCAGUUCGACCACGUGGAAAACCUGGAGUGCAUCCCCAACCAAGAGGUAUUGCCCAGCGAGCCGCAAAGAAUCCCCAUGGUGCCCCCGAGUGCGAGCGAAAACCCGGGAGUGGCGCAGGGUGCCCCCGUUAACCACGGAGGGGACCGCUUCGAGGGCGGCCCCAACCUGGAGACCCCGGACUCGGUGCCGCGGCCCAUCCGGUCGGAGAGCGUGUCGUCGAGCUACAGCAACGUCAGCCACGGGAGCGCGUCCGGCUCCAGGAGACCCCCGGGCGCGAUGGCCACCUUCAUCCAGCAGGAGAUGGCCAAGGCCCCGGAAGACUCCUCCGCGGAGUACUUCCAGCAGAUCGACUCCUCCCCGGCCGGGCAGCCCGUUCCGCAGAACAUGUCCAGCCGGAUGUACCACAGCCAGCUGUCCCAGACGCCCCCCACCCCCAGCCCACCGAAGCCCACCGGGAUAUUCCAGGCCAGCGCGAACAGCUCCUUCGAGCCCGUGCGGUCCCACAGUGUGGGGGUGCGGCCCGCGGAGGUCGACCAGGCCAGGAUGGUGAUGGAGAAGAGUGGCUACAGGCUCCCAGCGGCGGACGCGUUGCCCGGCAACCUGGAGCAUCCGCCGGACAACCUGGAGAACAUCUUCACGCCGGCGGCGCUGCAGCCCGGCGCGGGGCCGGCGGAGCGGCGGCCACCCUCCCGGGCUCACGGAGGGGCCCGUCUCACGUGCGAGAGCCCCGCCACCACGCUUUGGGCCCAGAACGAGAUGCCCAUCCUGGGGGCCAACAUCCUGCUGGCCCCCGCGGCCCCUCCGGUGCACGCCCCGGUGAGGCAGCACAGCACGGAGGUGAUCCAGCCCCCCGAGGACGGGCCCCUUGACCUGCAGGCCCCGCCGCAGCCCCAGAAACCUCCGGCCGACAACUCCUCCGAGAACCUGGAGAACCCCCCCAAAGUGAGCGAGGGCGAGCUGAAGAACCCCCAGGCCAGCCUGGGCUACGCCUCCUUGUUGGUCCCCGCCCCAGCUGCCGAGUCAUUCCACAAUCAGCCGGUCCUGAUCGCACCUCCGACUACAAAUUACAGCGUGAUUUCUGCAAGUAAUUCUGCGCAUGCAUCAAAUCAGGUUGUCCCCAUUGAGAUUUUACAGAACGCCGAGACGGAUGGGUUUGUACAUCUCCCCCCCGCGGUGUCCACUGCAAACGCAAUGCCACCGGCUUCCUCAAAGGCUUCUCAUCUCCAACAGCAUUUUAAUGCUUCACUGGUAAAUUCUUCCGGAAGCUUCAGUGGUGCGUCUGUCCCAAGCCCAGGACCUCUUAACUUGGCAUUGGAGAGUAGGAAAGCCGUUAAAUCGGAGAACCCCCCUCUGGCAUCUACAGGUAGACCAGCCCAGGCGCCUCUCUCCAGGGCCGAUUCUGUUGGCAGUCAGAACCACUCUGCUCCCCCAGUCAAUUCCCAGGCCCAUUCUGCUGCCGCCAAUCAAAAUCAGCCCACCAAUUAUGAGCUCCUUGGGUUCUCCAUGCACCAUCCUCAGAACAACCAAAACCAAGCUCCUAACCCAGGUAGCCACGCGCCUCCUGCUGCCCCCCAGCAAGCUCCGGCACCAUCGCAGGUGGCCAAGCCGGGAGUGCAGCACAGCGGCGCGACGGGCUUCUACCUGCAGGUGACCAAAGACGCGCAGCAGGGUGCGAGGGCGGAGGGCGAGCAGCCGUCCCCGGAGGCGACCUCCGGCGCCCAUCAGCCGGCCCCAGACUCCGCCCAGCCGCCCCAGGCCCAGCCAGGCCUUCAGGGACAAGGCGCCGCCCCGGCACCCUCACACAACCAGGCUCUUCCACCAAAUAACCAGUAUCCUCAACCUCCCGCGCCGGGCCAGGGCCCGCCAGGCGCUGGGCCCCCCCCAGGGCAACCUUGGGUUGCCCCUCAAGGGCCGGGCGUACCGCCACCCCCUCAGCCCUGGAACUCCUCUCAGCCGCCCGUCCCAGACCCCCAGAGGCCCCCGUCCGGGCUGGGGGGUCACACAGGUUACCCUGGCCAGCCUCCGAUGCCCGGCCCUGGGUACGGAGGUUACUAUGGAGGCCCCUAUCCUGAGUAUCCGGACGGAAGACCACCGUAUCCCCCUCAGUAUUACCAGGAUGAUCCCUACAGAAGAUACGAUCCCCGCUACGGUCGAUAUGAAGGAUCCAACCCGGGCUACAGAGAAGGAGAGCGCUACCGGGAGCAACCGGAUCGACCCAGCUCCAGAACCAGCCAGUACUCGGACAGAGCCUCGGACAGAGCCUCGGACAGAGCCUCAGACAGACCCUCCUCCAGACAAGGCUACCCUGAAGAUUACCAGCGAGCCAACCGAAGUGCCUAUGAUGAAUAUUAUGCAGAUCACUAUAAGAAUCAGUACGACUAUGGCGAUCGGAGCAGGUGGGAGCGCUACGACGCAGCCGGCUACGAUCCUCGGUACAGGGCCUACUACGACCAGUACUGGUAUAACUACGGUGCCGGUGCCGAGGCUUAUGCGGGCAGAGAUGCGUACUACGCCCAGCAGCAGUACCCCCAGCCCAGGCCGGACGACGCGUGGCGCUACGACCCGCGCUACGACACCAGCUUCGACGAUGACUACCAGCGCAAGUGGGACGAGUCGGACCGGCGCAGCGUUCACAGCGAGCAGUCUGCACACAGCGCUCGCAGCUCCCGCAGCCAGCACAGCCGCCGCAGCAGCUUCAGCUCCCACUCGCAGCAGAGUCAGGUGUACAGGAGCCAGCCGGACCUCGUUUCCGCGGGUUACGAGCCCCCCGGCCAGACUUCCUCCCUCAUGGUGGACUACUCGUACGGGCAGUACCCUGACAACGUGGACAGAAACCAGACGUUCGCCGAUUACCAGUACUCAGGGGCCUACCCCUCGGAGAGUGCGUGGCCAGCUGUCGAACAAGCUCCACCGCGACCCAUGACCCCAGAGAAGUACUCUGUCCCACACCGGUGCGCCAGGUUCGGACCAGGGGGGCAGAUGAUCCAGGUGCUGCCCAACCUUCCCUCGGCUGGCCAGCCUGCCCUGGUGGAGAUUCACAGCAUGGAGACCAUGCUGCAAGACACACAAGAGCAGCAGGACCUGCGCACCUUCCCUGGCCCUCUCGUAAAAGAGGAGACCCACAAGGUGGACGUCAUCAAGUUUGCGCAGAACAAGGCGAUGGAGUGCCUGCGCACAGACAGUCUGAUGGAUAAGGACUCGGCCUUCCUCAUCUGGGAGUUCAUCGUCCUGCUGUGCAGGCAGAAUGGAACGGUGGUGGGGACGGACAUCGCCGACCUGCUCCUGCGCGAGCACAAGUCCGUGUGGCUGCCGGGGAAGUCUCCCAACGAGGCCAACCUCAUCGACUUCACCAACGAGCCCCUGGCGCGGGCCGAGGAGGAGCCGGGCUCCGGCCCGCUGUCCCUGCUGUCCGACACCUUCAUGACCGUCCCCGAGAACGUGGGCAAGGAGACGGAGCGCUUCCGCGAGCUGCUGCUCUUCGGCAGGAAGAAGGACGCCUUGGAGUCUGCCAUGAAGAACGGCCUUUGGGGACACGCCCUGCUGCUCGCCAGCAAGAUGGACAACAGGACGCACGCACGGGUUAUGACCAGGUUUGCCAACAGUCUGCCCAUCAACGAUCCGCUGCAGACUGUGUACCAGCUGAUGUCUGGCAGGAUGCCGGCUGCUGCAACUUGCUGUGGGGAUGAGAAGUGGGGAGACUGGCGCCCCCAUCUGGCCAUGGUGCUGUCCAACCUCACACACGCACUGGACCUGGACUCUAGGACCAUCGCCACCAUGGGAGACACUCUGGCCUCCAAAGGGCUGACCGAUGCAGCCCACUUCUGCUACAUCAUGGCUCAGGUGGGCCUGGGCGUCUACACCAAGAAGAGCACCAAGAUGGUGUUGAUAGGCUCCAAUCACAGUUUGCCGUUCUUCAAGUUUGCCUCCAACGAAGCGAUCCAGCGAACCGAGGCGUAUGAGUACGCUCAGUCUCUGGGCUCCCAGCCCUGCUCCUUACCCAACUUCCAGGUGUUCAAGUUCAUCUACGCCUGCAGGCUGGCCGAGGCAGGGCUGUCUGCACAGGCCUUCCACUACUGUGAGGUCGUCGCCAGGACCCUGCUGUGCAUGCCCUCCUACCACUCUCCUGUGUUCAUCAGCCAGCUUAUACAGAUGGUGGUGAAGCUGCGCUUCUUCGACCCUCAGCUGAAGGAGAAGCCGGAGCAGGAGCUGUUCGUGGAGCCUGACUGGCUGACGCACCUGCGGCAGCUGGACGGACAGAUCAAGGAUGGGGUUAUAUCCUACAAUGCGGACAGGGCCACGCCCCAGCAGUAUGCCUGCAGUACCCCCAGCUCCGAGUUUGACCAGCCCAGCCCCCCAGACCCAAUGGGGAUGCCCCAGGACAUGCCAGGCCCUUCCCCAGAUAACCCCUUAAUGUCCUCCCUAAUGCCGAACCCAGGGCCGCCUACGGCCGGGGUUCAGCUCAUGCCCCCAGCACCCGCCACCAUUCUGGAGGACGGGAUGCCCUCCAUGCCCCAGGUUCUGCCCCCCACCGAUGGAGUCUCCUUCUACCCAGUACCACCCACUCAGCUCGGCAUGGGCCCUGGCCCUCUGCCAGUCCCAGAGAGCCAGGUACCCGGGUUCCCCCCUCCAGGACAAAACUACCCCCCUCCAGGACAAAACUACCCCCCUCCUCAAGGGCAGAACUUCCCUCCUCAAGGGCAGAACUUCCCUCCUCAAGGGCAAAACUUCCCUCCUCAAGGGCAAAACUUCCCCCCUCCAGGGCAAAGCUUUGCCCCACCCUACCACCCCGAACAGCCAGAGAUGUACCCAGGACCCCCAAUGCCACCACAGAUGUCCCCCCAGAUGUCCUCCCAGAACAGCCCCACACAGCCUCACCCUGCGCCCCUUGAGCACCAGUUCCCACACCCGAGCUCCCAGCCCUCCUCCCCCUCCCGAAGCUCCUUUCCCCAGCAGAUGGACUUCUAUGACCAGAUGGUACACACGGCCCCGGGAAGGAGGUCCAGAACCACUUCACAGUCCUCGGCACACAUGCAACCUCCAGGACGGCGCUCCCGCACCACAUCCGAAUCCUCCACCCACUCCAUGGGACGGGAGCGGAGCAAUUCGGCAGCCAAGCAGACCUCGCCCCCUCCCCCACCCAUACCCGAGCAGCCUCCCCACAGGGAGGAGCCCAAAAAGCUAAAGAAGGACUCUCCCAAAAAGGGUGGUGGAGGUGGCUGGUUGAACUGGCUUUAUCGCAAGGGGAAGAAUGAGGCUCACUUGCCUGAUGACAAGAAUAAAUCGAUUGUUUGGGAUGAGAAGAAACAGAGAUGGGUGAACCUGGAUGAACCGGAAGAGGAGAGCAAGCCUCCUCCACCGCCGCCUUCAAGCUUCCCAAAAAUGGGUCCUCAGAUGGGGCCGGGAGGGCCAGGCGGGCCCCCCACUGGGGGACCCCCCGUGAACAUCUUCUCUCGGAAAGCAGGCACCAAGGCCCGGUAUGUGGACGUGAUGAACCCGGGCGGGACCAGGCCCGCCGGUUUGGCCCCCGCCCCGGCGGAUCUCUUCGCCCCCCUGGCGCCCAUGCCCAUGCCCACCAACCUCUUCGUGCCCGGAGCAGCACCAGAGGAGCAGCAGCCCAUGGAGGGGAGCGUUCCAGAGACCAGCGGUAACCCAGAGCAGGACCAGCCCGUCCCAAGUGCCGCACCCCAGAUGUUCAACCCAACACUGCUCCCUCCUGGCUCAGAGGGAGCAGCAGCGAUGGAGGGGGAGCUCUCACGCUCUAGCUCAAUGAGUUCUUUAUCACGUGAAGUGAGUCAGCAUUUAAACCAGGCUCAGGCCCAGCCCCCUCCCCAGGGAGGCCCACCCGCUGGAGGUGUGACUUUCUACAACCCCUCCCAGUUUGCACAGCCCAGCGCCCCGUCGGGAGGAGGCCGACCGGGUCGGUUCGGUCAGAGGAAGUACCCCGCGAUGAAGUAGACUCUGCCAGGACCGGCUGAAGAGGUGGCCUGGUUCUGCAGCUGACUGUCAGGCUCUGUGACACUCACUGCCCCCCCCCCCUUGGACGUCUGAAUAAAAAGCACACUCAUUAGCUUCGAUUCCAUACCCGCUUCAUAUGCUACUGCCGUUUUGUGUGAAGACGGCUUUUAUCAAAUUCAGAUUUCAUUUCAGUCUUAAUCUCUUCAGGUUCUUUCUUUCGUCCCCCUGGAAUGCACACAGGUGCAGAUGUGCGGUUGGCCUACUUUGGUAUCCCCCUAGCUUCAGAGGCCCUCUGUGAUCGUAUGCACCAUGUGAUCCAGGCCCUCCAGUGAGCUUCAUCUCUGAAGCACGUCAGGGCACUUCAUCAGUGCUUGAUGAUGACGCGGGAAACCUGGAGUCAACAGACCGCGAUGUUGACCAACCUUACCACCUUGUAAAAUGUUGACAUGUUGGCACCUGGAGUUUGGUUAUUCAGUGCAGAACCUUAUCUUAGGGUGCAGAAGGCCUGUAUGACGUUUCUUUUGUGAGGGCGGGUUUAAGGAUGGCUUACUCUGUGCUGCCAGGCGUGUCACUCUCCUGACAGUCUGCCGAACGCCGAUCAGAACCGCAAGUUCCAUUGGAUCCUUGACCAUUUCAUCACAAGGCAGAAAAGUUUUGAGUUUCUUUUCUUUCUUUCUUUUUUUUUUUUUUUUUUAGUGAUUUCCUUUAAGUUUAAGUGUAGGUGAACUUUCAGUUCAGUGCCACUGAGUGGCCUGCGACCCCCCUUUCCCCCCCGCUCUCUGAUUGUUUUUAUUCCUCCGUACUCGUGUAGCUUCUCUGGUGUCCCUGAACGUGCUGCUGAGGUGGGACUGGUCUGUCAGAGCACGGAAUUGUGUGAAUUUUUAAGUGCAAUAUCAUUCAUCCCCCUUCCCCCCCCCCCCCCCCCCCCCGUUGCCCCCCUGCUUAAAUUAGACAUUUACUUGAGGGUGGAAAGCAUAGUUCAGUUACCAUACGCAAAUCAUAACCCAAGGCUCCUAUAAUGCAGAAGCCUUGAAGUUAACCUUUUACAAGUGUUGAAUUGUUGUUCAUUUGGAAUAUUUAUUGAACUUGCUUGCCCAUUAUUAGCCAUGGUCUUAAUGACGCUCAACUGUGACCAUUCUAAAGUCCCAGAGAAACGGCAGAUCUUACAGGAAGGGUGAAAGAGUACCAUUUUCACAGCAGGGUUCAGGACUGAACACCAUUUUUAAUUGUCAUAAAUCUAUCCAAAUAUUUGUAUAUCUGAUUCAGAUUGUAUUUAUGACCUGUAGUCAAGUGUGCAAAGCGACUAAUAUUUCUGAGUUAACCUUGAAUGCAGUUAAUCUCUACAUUUACACCUUGAUCAUUUGUAUCAAACGCUUCAGUGUAUGGAACUAUCAUGGAAGUAUGUCAAGUGAGAGGAGAUUAUCUGCGCAAUUCCCGGUCUCCUGCAAUGUUUUAUCCUUUGGCUAACUGUUGUGAUUAACCCCCCUCCCCCCAAUGUCAUCUGUAAUGUAUCCAGAAUCCUUUGCUUCAAUACAGUUUCUGAAGCUGAGUUUCCAUGUAGACUGCUGAAUACUUUUAAUUCAAAUGGUUUCCUUCAUUUGAAGGAAGCUCUUGAUUUUCCUAAGUGUUUAGAAUUGACAUUGUAAAAUUCUUGACAACAGAAGCAAAACUUAAAAAUGAUAAUAAAAAUAUUUUUGCGCUCUUGAGCACUUUGAAAGUA